AUGUCAGGCGGGGCGUGGCUGUUGACUGUACGGGGAUUGGCUGGUGUCACGUGGAGAAGCUGUGCUACUUCCGCGGGUGUGAGGUUUGCUGGGCCCAGGCGGUACCCCAAGUUUGGCCUCCAGCUGCAUCGGCCUCAGGCCGCGGGAGAUCGGAGGAGACAGACUCCACGACAACUUUUUCUCUGGAGCAGCGCGAGGCUGGCGGCCUGGGACCCCCGAGACCCCCGGGAUCCCCGGGAUCUCCCGGGUCCCCGGAGCGCGUGCACCUGGCUGCUGCUGCUGUCGCUGCUGCUGUCCCUGGGACCCCGGGCCGCGGCAGAGAGUCCAUGGGGGCUGCCUCCUGUGGAAGAUGGCUCAGCUUCUUCAGCAAAGAAGCUGAUGGCAGAACUGGCCAGCCUGAAGUUAGAAAACACAUCAUGGCCUGGAGGGAGGCACACCCUCCACUACCACUAUCUGUUCCUGUCAGAGUCGGGGCCAAACCUGCCCCUGUUCCUGGCUGUGGGCUACAUGAACGACCAGCCUUUCAUCCGGUUUGACAGUCGUGUGGGGAAGGCUGAGCCCUGUGCCCUCUGGAUGGCAGCUGUGGAGUCUUGGUACUGGGACACAGAGACUGAGAAGCAGCGGGGCUGGAAAGAGGUCCAGAAGGUAGAGAUGAAGAGAGUCAUGGCAUAUCACAACCACAGCUCUGGUACACACACCACCCAGCGCAUGUUUGGCUGUGAGAUCAAAAAGGAUGGAAAAAUUAGUGGCUUCUGGCAGUUUGGCUACGAUGGACAAGACCACCUGACGCUGGACCUGGAGAAUCUGAGCUGGGUGUCAGCUAACUCAGUAGCCCUGCAGAAAAAGCGCUUUUUGGAACGUCAGCGCUGCUAUGCUGAGUACAACAAGGCCUACCUCAGCAGCCUCUGCCUCCUCUCCCUGCGCAGGUACCUGGAGCUGGGAGGCCUCAAUCUUACACGAAGAGAGCCGCCCACAGUGCAGGUGACAAGGCACUUGGCCCAGGACGGGGGCGCCAUACUGAGGUGCUGGGCGCGGGGCUUCUACCCCCGGGACAUCUCUGUGAGCUGGUGGGUAGGUGAGGAGGAACUGAGCCAGGAGACCGAGUGGGUGGAGACGCGGCCCAGCGGGGACGGCACCUACCAGACGUGGAUGGCGGUGCGGGUGCUAGAGAAGAAGUCCUCAUACACCUGCUGGGUGCAGCACUCUGGCCUGAACUACACACUCACUGAGACUUGGGAAUCACCCUCUCUUGGAGGACUCUCUGCUCUAGUUAUCCCCUUCGGGCUCAUUGUCGUGGCUAUAGUCAUGUUCUGGAGAUGGUUUCAAGCCAGGAAAAAGGAAACUUCCCAGCAAUCCCCAGGAAGAGAACCAGCAUAAUUUCCAGAGCCCUGAGUGAACAGAAACUUCUCAAUAGUCAUUAUCCCUCAACAACAGACAUCAACCCAGCAAAGUGUCUCACUGUGUAUAUUUGUUUGGAAGAUAAUGGAGUGGUCACAGAAAACAAGACAAGUGGAACAAAUGGUCUGUUACCACACAACUGUUUACAUCAAAAUGUACAGACUUGGGCUGACAAAAUAGCUCACUUGUGUAGUGAGCCUGCCUUGCUGUAUAUGACACUGCACUUGGAGCCUGUUACCUACCAUGCUUGAUAAAGAUCUGGUGGUGUUGUUA